CACGCACACACGCUGGUGUCUCUCUGUUUCCAAGAAAACACAUGGCAAAGUACCCCAGUUAAACCUUUCUCCAGCCCAACUAGACAAAACCACAUGUUCUUCCUCCUCUGGCUCUAAUCCUCUUCCAUUUCCUUAGCUUAAAAAUUCCGUCAUCUUUUGCAUUCUCAAAUACUACAAGCCCAUCAUUUCUCUUCCUUGUUUUUUUCCCCUCCUUUCUGGGGUGCAGGAAAAAUGGUGAAAUAUCACAAAUACCACAACUACUGGAGAAAGGGCGAGGUGUAUGGUGCCAUCCAGGAUGAGGAAUCACCUCGUCAUGGCUUAUUUUGUAGAAACUCCUCUUGCAGCAAAAGAGCAAGGCCCAAGCUUUUAUAUUUCGUGUUUAUCACUUUCCUUUAUUGCUGCUUGAUAUUAGCACCCCAUUACCUGACAUUUUCAUCAACUUUUUCGCUUCUUUAUUCAUUUGGGGUUGACGAUGCAAGGUUGUUUCUUGAAGCUGAUGCAAAUGCUUCCCUCUGUUCAUUUGUGCAUAAUGGGACAAUUUGUUGUGAUAGACACAGCGUUCGUUCUGAUAUAUGCAUCAUGAAGGGGGAUGUAAGAAUAGAUGCGAACACUUCUUCAGUCUUCCUGUACAGUGGCAACAAUUUAAGUGAUUAUGUUUUGGGGCCAUCCGAUAGUGAUGAUGAUAAUGAGGUGCUUCAGCAUGAAAAAAUCAGCCCAUAUACUCGAAAAUGGGAACCUUAUGCAAUGGGUACUGUUACUCAACUAGACCUUGUUGUAAAGAAAGGAAAUCCGGGCAGUUCUCGUCAUUGUGAUGUGCAACACAAUGUUCCUGCUAUGUUCUUCUCUACUUCAGGCUAUACUGGUAAUCUUUAUCAUGAAUUCAAUGAUGGGAUUAUCCCUCUUUUCAUUACUACUCAGCAUUUGAACAAGCAGGUUGUUUUUGUCAUUCUUGAUUAUCAUAAAUGGUGGAUUAUGAAGUAUGGUGACAUUGUAGCUGAGCUCUCUGAUUAUCCAGUUGUAGAUUUUAGUGGAGAUAAUAGAACACACUGUUUCCCUGAAGCCAUUGUUGGCUUAAGAAUUCAUGAUGAGCUCACAGUUGAUCCUUCAUUGAUGAAAGGCAAUAAGACUAUUAGGGACUUUAGAAACCUUCUGGACCGAGCUUAUUGGCCUCGAAUCAGGGGUCUAAUCCAAGAUGAGGAACGUCAAGCUCAGUUAUCUCCAUUGCCAGCAGCUCCUGUGGACAUUUUAAAAGAAAAGCGCGAUUUGGAGAAGCCCAAACUGGUCAUUAUAUCUAGAAAUGGUUCAAGAGAAAUACUAAAUCAAGAUUCAUUGGUAAACUUGGCAGAAGAGAUUGGGUUUUCGGUGGAAAUUGUGAGGCCUGUUCGAACUUCAGAGCUCGCAAGGAUAUAUCGAGUUCUCAAUGCAAGUGAUGUUUUGGUUGGAGUCCACGGUGCUGCCUUGACUCAUUAUCUCUUUAUGAAGCCUGGCUCAGUUUUUAUCCAGAUCAUUCCUCUUGGUACAGACUGGGCAUCAGACUCCUAUUUUGGCGAAUCAUCAUUUAAAUUUGGUUUAAAGUAUGUUGCAUACAAGAUUCUUCCGAGCGAGAGUUCAUUGUCUGAUAGUUAUGAAAAGAAUGAUCCAGUUUUGCUAGACCCUGAUACUGUGAACCAGAGGGGUUGGGAAGUCACAAAAGAAGUAUAUCUUGAUAAUCAAAAUGUAAGAUUGAAUCUGCGAAGAUUUGAGAAACGACUACUUCGUGCAUAUUACUACACCAUUGCUAAGAAGAAAGGGCAUUUCCCUAUUCAGUCUCAAUAGCCUUUGUUUGGUCUUGUACCGUGAACUUGGUUUUCUGUUGACCAUUGUAAAUCAGGUAAGUGGCAAAUAGUAACAAUUGAAAAAAAAAAUGUUGUAUGAGGUGGGUGACGAUCCGAUUUUGUAUACUAAGUAGGAAAUUGUUACCUUCUUUUUGGUAUAUAAGAGAUAUCUAAAAGCAGAUUCUCUCAUCUAUUUCUUGUUAGCUCUUUGCA